UCCAUGAAGAGGCUCUCGGCCGGAUCCUCGGAGCGGGAGAGGCAGCGGCACACCCUGGAGCGCCGGAGAGAGGAACUGAAAGAGAGACUCGUCCAGGUCCGCAAGCAGAUCUCCAGGGAGGAGUAUGAAAAGAGGCACCUGGGGAACUACAGACGUAUUUACCCCCCAGAUGACAAGCUGCUCUUGGAGAAGUAUGAAAGCCUCCUCUCAGCUGCCUUUCAGAUAUUUCUCGCCGGGCGAGCGGCCUCACUUCAAAAGGAAAUGAAUAAUCCUCUGAAACGAAUGAAGAGGGGUGAGUUGUGUCUUCAGGAGGAGGACAUCUUGGAUCUCCUUGAGCAGUGUGAACUGGACGACGAGAAGCUGACGGGGAAGUCUUCCCGGCAGAAAGGAUCUAAGGCGCUGUCCUCCAUGCCUGAGAGCAGCAACACGCCCAAGAAGCAGCAGGCCUACAGCAGUGGCUCCAGCAGCGGGGACAACUGCAGCUCCGAGGACUCUGAGGACGAGGACGGCGGCGCCGACGGGGACGGGGAGGCCGAAGAGAAGGAGGACGCCCUGCAUGAGACCAAGAAGGUCUCCUACGACCUGGGAGACGGCAGGCAUAAAUCAUCGGAGCGCUCCAGCCGAGUAAAAGGGAAGCCUCGUUUAAAGACGGUGCGAAUCCGGCCGGCGGCCUCUCCCUCCCUGUCGGGGUCGAUCCGGCGCUCGGUGUCCUGUCCGCGCUCCAUCUCUUCCCUGACCGCCCAGUCUCCCACCAAUGAGCAUCGAGGCAUCGCCGGCAAGACCCAUCCUACCUCCUCUUCCUCCUCCACCGCCGCCGCAUCAGCAUCAGCAUCAGCAUCAGCAUCAGCGUCUUCAUCCUCGGCAACCGCGCGGCCCAGCACGGCAUCCCGCUCCCACUCCCUUAGCCGCAGCGGGUCGGCUCACAGAGUGCCACACAGCAGCAGCCUGGGCACCAUCCAUGCCCACAUGGCAAGCUCCGGCGAGUCCCUGCUGAACCUGAAGACGAAGGAGCAGGAGGCCGAGCUGACGCGGCACACGCUCGCCGCCCUCAACGAGAUGCGCAUCCGCUUCCCCGGGAAGAACGAGGAGGACGCCGAGCUGCUGCUGGAUGAAAUUCUAGACAACUGGAAGUAUCAUAAACCAAAGGUGGCCUCUUAUUGGUUGGUAAAAUUGGACGCCACCAAACAAAGAAAGGUUCUGGACAUUGUUCGCACCAACGUGCGUUCGGUGCUUCAGCGGGUCUGGAGGGAGCCGGAUGUGGAGAGUUUACAUUUAUACCGCCUUUUCAACCGUGUCUUUAACCGCCUGCUGUGGAGCCACGGCCAGGGCCUGUGGAACUGCUUCUCCAACUCGGGGUCGUCGUGGGAGAGCAUCUUCAACCGCAGCAGCGAGGUGGUGACUGCGCAGGAGCUGCGCUGCUGCCAGAGGGUGGUGCAGCUGUGCAGGGACUGCCUGCUGGUGGUCUACAAGUUCGUCCAGGACUCCAGAGGCACCAUCACCGGCCUCAGCUCUGAGUGGGAGGACACCAGGUAUCUGGUGCCAGUCACAUCCCAGUUCAUAAUCAAGUGGCCUUCCUCCAGCCUGGGCCGCGCCUCCUCGGCGAUGCCUCGCUCCCGCAGCCUGUUCACCACCAGGAUGGGCCAGUUCUGACCUCCCUGUCCCGGCCGCCCCCCCACCCUCUGCGCCCCACCGUCCGCCCGCCCGCCCUCCAGGUCCACGGCGCUGCCCGAGGCGGCUCCCCCGCGCGAGCCAGGAGUCUGUGCCACAGGAACAUAUGGGAGAGAUUUGCUUAGUCACCAGGGAGCUGUACCCGUCAGUUUCAGACUAUUAAGUCCCCCCUCCAGUGUGUGGAUCCACAGCACCAGCUGGAUGGCGUCUCUCUCUCUCUCUCUCUCUCUCUCUCUGUCUCUCUCUCCUUUUAGUCCUUCUUGUACAGUUUUAAGUCAUGAUACUGUAAAGAAGCCACACAAUAUGAAAAAAAUGCAUUAAUUUAUUUUGAGAUUUAAGAAAUGUAAAAAAAAAACUAAAAAAAAACAAAAAAAAACAAAACAUAAUUCUGUGAAUGCUUUAGAGAUGUGUAGGUGGAAUGGUAUGACUAAGUAAGUGAAAUGGUAUGACUAAGUAGUGUUAUAUGACUUAGUGGGACAGCGAUAGAAAAUAUACAUUUUAAUUUAUUUUA